AUGAGUCAGAUUCCGAGGCUUCAACUUACUGGAGCUGUUAAAAGCCGGGGGAGCUUGAGUUUUGAGCAGUUUCAUGUCGAAUUAUACGAUAAGCAUGGAUUUGACCGUGCGGUGGGUUUUGUUAAGUUAACGUGUUGCCUGGCCCCUAGCCCCUUCCCCCCCUUCCCCCUCCCCUGGGAAGCAAGUUCCCCCAUUCAAAUGUCGAACAGCAGCGGGAACUCCCAGGACGACCAGUCCUGCAUCACGAGCUUCCAGGGGGGUCCUCCUGCCAGGGAGGCAGCCCCCUCUGCGCGGAGCGGCACCUGGUCAGGGUGGAGGGACUCUGCAGGGCAGCAGCAAGCGUUGCAGCUAGCACGCCUCUCGCAGUUGUACGGCGCGUUGCACCAGCACUACAUGCUGAGCUGUCCGUUUGCAAGCCUUGAGAGCGGGAAACGCGUCCUGGUGAGCUGGCUGUGGGAACCGACGUGCGAGAAGGGCGUGGUGGACGUCCUAUUCAAGUCAGCGUCUGAAGUAGCGUCCGAGCUCGCGGAAUUGCGCAGGGGCACUGUCGACGAUCACGGGAGCAACGAAGGGGGCCUGCUUCAGCUGGUAGGCGACCGCGACCUGUUCUGGAGCAGCAUUCUGCACUGGCAUAUGCACGGCACGUGCAUGCCCAUAGGAUAUUCGGUCGACACGCACUUCCGCCUGCCAAGACCGCCGUCAGCCGGUCGAGGAGACUGCCAGGCUGGCGACCCCCGUGUGAGGAGGAUAAACGAGGUUCUCUCCCUCCCCUGGAUCAAAGUGCCCGGGGAGCCCCCCCCGCCCCCUGAACCGGUCCUGUCGCGGCCGCCGGGCCGCACCGACCUGCCCCCCGGGUGGCAGGACGCGCGCCGCGCGUGGGACAAGGCCUUCGAGCGCGCGUCGCGCAUCGGGUACAACGUCCACUGCAUGUUCUACUGCACGCCCACUGGCUGCGCCGCGGGAGGGCUGUGCCAGUUGCGCCACGACGACAAGAGGCGCCAGCGGUGUGAGUCCCACUCGGCCCUGGAGCGGUUUUCCCGCCCCCCCCUCCAUCGCACAGCCAGCGUCGCCCCCACCACGGGGAUCACCGUGUGGGCUCCCCACGCAGAGGCCGCCCGCGUUUCGCGGAGGAUUCUCCCGGCGUAUAAUCAGGGGGGGAGUCAGGGCAGCUCCAGCGGGGGAGACGUCCUGUAG